AUGCUGCCGAGCAGGAAACGAAGCAGGACGGGUAGCCAUCAGGACAGCCUCGCAGGCGCUCUGCCCGGGGAUGAAGCGAGCGAUGCCAUCAUCAUCUCCGACGGUGAGGACGAGGAGCUCGGCAUGGAAGAGCUCAAGCUAGAGAUCCUUCAACUCGAGCAGAGGCUUGAAGAUCAAACCAAGAAGACAAAGCAGUACCAGAUCGAGUCGGUCAGGUAUCAUGAGCUGCUGCUCAAGUGCCGGCGCACCGCCCAGUCCGCCCUCCACAAGCAAGCCGCUCAGUCGCAACUACACGCACAGGCGCUACAAGACGGCCUUGGAGAGGUACAGGACAUGGCCGGCGCGAUAGAAACGACCCAAAGCAAAGCCAAGGAGCAGAUUGACGAGCUGCGCAAGAGCCUUGAGGCUGAGAGGCAAGCCCAUGCUGCCGCCCAGCAAGCUCGCCAGCAAGCCAUCGACACCACCAGGGACCUCGAGGCCUGCAUACAGAAACUGCAGACGGAGCUAAGCCGUGAACGAGAGACACGCAUGGAGCUGGAGGCUCAAGCUGCACAGCAGCAGCAGCAGCAGCAGCAGCAGCAGCAGCAGCAGCGCCUCACAGCGCUUCAAGCCAGCCUCGCACGCGAGCAGACAAAGCGGGCAGAUGCUCAGGCUGCUCUGCAGGAAGAGAAGACGCUCAACAAACAGUUGUCGGAGAUGAUAGCAAGGCUCAAGGAUGACCUUCAUGCGAGGCAGCAGGAGCUGUCGCAGCUCCAUCCCCGUACAAGGCAACAACACAGCGAGCAGCAGCAGAGGACAGCUCCCGAGACAGCCAUGCGGCAGAUGCACGGCAUGGCGCUCCAAGACGGCAUGAUUGCUCAAGAGAGUCAUCUGGCCGUCCCUCCAGCCCAGAGCGGAGCAUCCCCAAGCUCCAGAGCUGACCUCCCAGUCGCCAGGCCGUACGCACGGCCCGCCCGUGACCCGCGGCUGGCGAAGCCCCAGGCACCUGGGCCAGAGCCUGCAAGCUGCAUCUUCAGCGAGGCGUACGUGGGCCUCAAGGGCAAGCCAGGCAAGCACAUGGACCCUCGCUAUCACGGUUGGCUGCCGUAUGAUGACGCCUUCGAGAUCAAAGACAGCUUGACUGUGCUCUGUGACGGGGUAGGAGAGGGAGGCUAUCGGUCAGGGAUCUUUGCGAGGAAGCUUGUAGAGAGCAUGGCAAGGCCUGUCAACAUGGACGGCGAUCUCUUUGAAAAGCUUGAGUACUGCAUCCAGAGGAUGCGCAUGCCUCAGACCUCUGGCUGUCACGAAAUCGCGUCUUCGACUGUGGUAGCGCUUCGGCUCACACCGGGAAGAGGCAGGGACGAGAUCAUGAUCGAUGCUCUCGAGCUGGGCGACAGCCAGUGGGCGCUGCUGACCUUGGACGCUUCUCCACGCAGGGUUCGCUGCGACUACCUGUCGCCCCCUCGCUUCCAUUCUCCGCGGGUCAACGGCGAGAGACCUCCGUACCAGGCGGGGAUGGACCAAGGGCACAUGCGGCAGUACAGAGACAGGAAGAACGAGAUCUUGCAGCAGAGGUGUGCGCGAUCAGGCGACAUCAUCGUGGCAGGAAGCGACGGCUUCUGGGAGAACCUGGGCUCAGACGACCGCGCGAGAAGAUCGGCGUUGGAGACCAUGUCGGAGGAGGUACUCGGUGACUUCGGGGACGGGGCCCUCGUCGAGCGGCUUGGAGGAAGGCUGCGGGAGAGGACGGAGAAUAGGAUGGAUAGGUCGAUGAUAGGGAAGAAGGACGAUCUGACAGUGAUCGUGUCUCGCAUGUGUCGAGGGCAGCAGCAGAGAGGGGUUGAGGUCCGCAUGGAGGGGCUUUGCGAGGGCGGCUGUGACAUAAACCUCGUCAACGAGGUCACAAGGGGGAUCGUCAAGUACCGUGCAGUGGGGCCCGCCGCGCGCAACUGA